AUGGAUCUGUUUGAAAUUAGUUCGGAGAAAAGUUCCUGCCAGCGAAUGGGUAGGGAACACCAGGGUAGAGGUGGGAGCGGAACGGCGGUGAGGGGAAGACUCAUAAAACCGGAGCGAAGCAGUGAAGAGCGUGAGGAACUGACAAACCUUUUUAGCACCAGUUCUGGAGAGGACAACAAUGGAACGAAAGAACACCAGCACAGAGCUUCUGGCAGGAAGAGGGGCUUCUUUAGUGACAGCGUAAAUGGUGGGGAUAGUGCGGAGGAAGAUAGGAGGAAAAACAAAAAGAGGAGGGUGAAGAGUAAGUGCCUGUUCAGUACCAUCUCGGAUGAGGACGCCGGCCAUAAAAGUGCGCAACAGAACGAGCUGGGUGACAAUUGUCUUUUUAGUAGCGACGUGGAGAAAGUGAAUGAUCGGGGUGACAACUGUCCACAGGAAAGAAACUCCAAUUGCCUUUUUAGCAGCAGCUCAGAGCAGGCCACUCAGUGCGAGUCAGACGUGAAAGGAAAGAACGAAAGUCACAAUGGAGAGGGUGCAAAUCUUCAAAGCACAAUGCACAUAAGGGAUGGAAAUUUCUACCUUAAUGUUCGUGACAAAGGGAUAAAUAAAACACGAAAGAAAACAUCCUCCUGUUCAAAGUUUGCAUUAGGGCGGAGGUCUAGAAUUGCAAAUAGGGGUGCACGUCUGCCAGGCAGAAGUGGAAAAAGGGAAACCACUUACUACGACCUGCAUGACACGACAGAGGAAGGAAUGUACCGCUUAAUAAAUUUUGCCAAGUUAAAAAGGAGAGCUACAAGGAAGUUAAAUUUUAUGAGCAUACUUAAUAUGACGAAUGAGGGCGGUGAGUCAUCUGGGUCGUCGUGUGGGUCGUUGUCGCGCGCGCGGUGCAGCUCGCCGUCCAGCUCGUCGUCGCUUUCCUCAAUACGUUCUCGAGGGGGCGCCCACGCAGGGGACGGAACAACCGAGAGCACGGCCAACUCGGAGGAAGACAUUUUAAACCGCACGGGUGUGAGUUACGCGGCGUUGAGUGAAUCAACCCAAGAAAGCAUAAAGGACAGUGCAGCUCUGAAUGACGAGGGAAACAAUAACAGAACCAUGAACGUGUACAAUUACUACUACCUGGGCAGCCACAUGGACAAGCUCGUUCUGCACAAGGAUGUAGAGAAAAUAAAGGACAGUGGAAAUUGCGUUGAGGGUGAUAAUCUGCAUGACCGUUUGUUUGGCCUACGGGAUGAGAAUCAGAAGCGGCUGGAUGGAGUGGAAGUCACUUCAGACGGGAUGCAUAAAGUCAUGAGUAAGGAGGAGACCACGUAUCGACACAAGGGAAAAUCAUUCAAAAUGACGAAGCCACGGAAUAAAAUGGAAAAACGAAAUAAUCUCAUGGUGGAGCGCAAUUUAAGGCUGUAUAGAAAUUUUAAAAAUAUAAAUGUAGAAGUUACAAGACAAAAUAACCUCAAAGGAUUGAACUUGAAAAAAAUUGUUGUAAAUUUUAUUCGUCUGGUCAAUAAAAAUAUGGUGUUGAUGAGAGGACAGGGACAAAUGGAUGCUUCACAGGAAGGGAACUAUUCAGGAGAGAAAUUUAAAGACACCAGCGAUGUGGAAGAGUGGUAUGUUAGCAAGAGGGGGGGGGAUGUGACGAAAGGGGAAGAAGCACAAACAGAGCCACUUUUGCAAGAAGAGAGACAACAUCCUAGCCAGUUGGAGCUAGCUAAAUGUGUGUGCAUUUUUUGUUCAGAAAAAAAAAAAAUUCUGACCAACGAAGAAAUGCAUAUAAGUACAUUUAAUUAUAUGGACGAAAGAAAAAAAGAAGACACAGUGAUUAAACCCUUUUUCAUGCACAACUAUGUGUUUACCGCGUUCAUGAAUUAUUUUAUUCACUACGGAAAAGUUGCACGUGUGCAAAGGGGGGGGGAAAAUCUCCACUUAUACAAAUUUGAAAAAAAAAUCACAAAAAAAUAUGGCAUUAAGCGGGUAAUUAUUUUUGUGGCCAAAAAAGUGACGUUGACAACUGUAGGGAUCCACAUGGAAGGGUCGAAUAUGUUGCAGGAAGACGAAGAGUUUGUUCUCUUUAUUAACUUUUUUAAGUGGAGUAUAAUAAGAAGACGUUACGAAGAAAUUGUAAAAUUAAAGAGGAGGAAAAAGGAAAAGGAAAGUUUGAGCAUUUUUAAAACAUUUUUUUUUUUUGUUAAAGCGAUUGAUGAGUAUUGCUCAAUUUGUAACAUCCAAGUGGAUCAUCCCAAUGGCAAAAAAAAAAAUUUUGAAAAAAAAAAAAAAUUCAUGAGUCAGCCAUUUUGCAAAAGGGAGGAUAAUACCCAUAGCAACGGGACUAACUCCUUUGGCUUUUCUUAUUCCUCCCAUAAUGAGGUGAGGAUCCAACAGAUUGAGGAUGCGCUAAAUCGUGACUUGAUCAACUCACGUCUGAUGUUUGCUCUCGUGGAUUCUCUGCGCAUUUCUGUAGGGCGCACGCUCUACCUGUUCCCUGCGCAUAUGCUCGUUCUCGUGUGA